AACCCGUGAAAGAGAUGUUUCAGGGGUCGAUCUGAACUAUUUGUGCUCCGGGGAAAUUGAACGUGGGGAAAUAUCGCGGUGUCUUUAUGCAUUAAAGUCGCAGCGCGUCAUCCUGAUAAAUGACAACAGGGACCCUCGCGUGGGGUUGAACACGACCUGUUGCGACGAUGGCGAUGUUCUCGAGCCAAAUGUCUUCCACUCCCUUCUCAGUCCGGGACAUUUUAAACCUGGAACAGAACCACGAGGACAUGGUCUCGUUGGAAAUGUCGCUCCCCACUUCGUCUUGCAUGAUGUUCAAACCGGAGCCGUUCGUGGACGCGGUGAACGGAGCCGCGCUUUUCGCUCCUGGUGACGAGCAGGAGCAUAAAGGUGACAGGAGCACAUCUGUGGACUUUAGUCCUGCCUUUUAUGGAAAGAGUUUCUUAGAAAUGGAUCUAGCCAAAGACGCAAAGCCAGACGACACGCUUGACUCCAAGGAAAGAAAAGAGAAGGUGCGCUCACCGGAGCAGAGGCAGAAACCGGAUGAGGCAGAGCGCCCCGGGCAGCGGAAGCGUCGAAAGCCGCGCGUGCUGUUUUCGCAGGCGCAGGUGUACGAGCUCGAGCGGCGCUUCAAGCAGCAGAAGUACCUCUCGGCGCCCGAGCGAGAUCACCUGGCGCACGUGCUCAAGCUGACGUCCACGCAGGUGAAAAUCUGGUUCCAGAACAGGCGCUACAAGUGCAAGCGGCAGCGCCAGGACCAGACGCUCGAGAUGGUGGGCGCGGGCCCGCCGAGGCGCGUGUCUGUGCCAGUGCUCGUGCGCGACGGCAAGCGCUGCCUGGGAGACGCCGCUUACGGAACCUCGUACAACGUGGGCAUCAACCACUUCCCUUACAACGCUUACCACAGCUUCGGGAACGUGAACUUCCCGAGCGGCGGCAACACGAACUACACGUGCAACUACUCGGCGAGCGCAAACGUGCAGCCGGUGCAAACGUCACCGUCCAGCGGCGGUUACGUGAAUUUCGGCGUUGGGGAUCUGAAUAACGUGCAGGCGCCGUUCCAGGCCGGCGGAGGAGUUUCCUCAUUACACGGGAUUCGGGCUUGGUGAAGCAGCAGCACUCUCCCGGACUUCAUGCACAGGAUAUUAGUGGUGUCUUUAAGCAACAGUCAGACUGAACUGCGCGGAGAGUUCAAAACAAAACAUUCUUACAGAAGGGGAAUUUGUAAAUUAGUGUGAAUUAGUAAAUUUCAAUUAGAAAUGCAGUUCUGUAUGUGUGAAUUUCCAAGCAAAUCUAUUAAAUUCUGAGGCACGUGAUCUAAAUGUGUUCAAUUCAUUAACUGUAAUUGAACAGAAAUGCAGUUUGCAUACACACAGGCCCUGUGUAUUAAUUUAUUAUUUUUAUUGUUCUGUAACGGAUACAGUUUCUUUUUAAUACCUUGUUUAGAGACUCCAGAAGUCCCGUAACUCUGUUCCAGAUUAUAUACACUCUCUCAAAGAAACGUGCCAUCAGGAGCACAUGGUUUGCUCUUAAUAAGCUGUGUGUGCUUUAAUUAGUUUAUUAGACUAAAAGUCAUCAGCGGGCUUUAAUUGAUAAAUAAAAUAUUGUAAAGAUCU